AUGAAUAAAAAUUUUUUAUUUGAUUCAAAAGACAUAGCCAAAAAAAGUUUAAUUAUGAAACAGGAUAUAAACGUUAAUAAUGAAGAGUUUCAUAAUUUUAUGCAUCGUGUGACACGAGUCGAAAAAAUUGUUAAACAACUUACCUCACCCAACUUAGAUGAUCAAAAACACGGAAUUGUUUUAGCUGAUGAAAUUUUAAAAGAAAAUGUUACAUUUGAAUUGUCUGAUACUGAUGUGUCGAAGGUUAAAACCAGUCGAACGAUUAUUAAUAAAUAUUUGCCAGAAAAUUUAAAUUCUAACAAAAUGUGUCAAGAGGUUUUCAAACGAUGUGUCGAGCGGGACGUCCAAGCUCGCGCUGAGAACAGAAAAAUUUGCAAUGAGCGAGCUGACACAUACAAGCGCAUAGGCAAUGGGGCGUUUCACGAGGCUAAGUACGAAAAAGCUGUAACGUACUUUACCAAGGCAUUGGAACAACGCAAGGACUCUGCAGUACUUUGGAAUAAUCGGGCACUUUCUUACAUGGCUUUGGGCUUGUAUGAGAAAGCUCUUGCCGACUGCGAGAGAGCUCUUAAGAUCAACGACAAUAACAUCAAAGCACUGCUGAAUAGUGCCAAGUGUUACAAGCUGUUAAAUUGUGAGGACGAGUGUGAAGAGUUCUUAAAAUUGGCUCGUAAGAGUAACCCAAGAUUUUCGAGCUACAUUUCGGAAUUUGAGAAAAAUCUGGAAUCGGAUGGCACAACUGAGUUUACAGUAAGCAAAAAAGGUGACAUAUAUUGA